AUGGCCUUGAUGAUACGAUGGCCGGCGUGUGCGGCGCCGAAGGAACAAAUGGGUGGCUGCAAUUCCGGUGGGACGGAGAGCAGUGAGGACAUUAGAGUAGCAGGCCGAACUUGGAGUUCUAAUUAUUGCGCUUCAAGCAAGUGGACAGUUACAGAGGCUUACCAGGGAACCCAACCCACCGAAUUCAGCACAAGUGCUGUCGCUGGCCGACGAGACCGAGAGGCGCUAAACGCCUAA